CCCCUUCCCUUUUUUGAACCCUUCUUUUUUUUUUUUUCCAAUCCGUCGUUUCUUCUUUUACUUUCCACCACCAACGUACUCAACUAUGCCCAAAGUAUUCAUCAUCUUUUACUCGCUCUAUCAUCAUGUCUAUACCCUCGCACAGAACGUGCAAAAGGGUCUCGAAUCACAAGGUGUACAAGUCGAGUUAUAUCAGGUUCCUGAGACCUUGGAUGACGCCAUUCUCGAGAAAAUGCACGCACCGGCCAAGCCCGACGUACCCGUGAUCACUGUUGACAAGCUCCAGGAAGCAGAUGGCUUUUUGUUCGGUUUGCCCACGAGAUUCGGUAUUUUCCCUGCUCAGCUCAAGGCCUUUUUGGACAGCACGGGUGGUCUGUGGAGCAAUGGCACUUUGGCCGGCAAGUUUGCCGGUACCUUUUUCUCGACGGCCAGUCAACACGGCGGUCAGGAAACCACUGCAUUGACUGCGGUGACCUAUUUUGCCCACCACGGCAUCAAUUAUGUUCCGUUUGGUUUCGCACACGCCCACUUGUUUAGCAACGACGAAGUGAUUGGUGGUUCUGCCUAUGGUGCUGGCACUGUUGCCAACGGUGAUGGUUCGCGACAACCCAGUGAAAAGGAACUCGAAAUCGCACAAGCUCAGGGUGAAAACUUUGGUAAACUGUUGGUGACUUUUGAAAAGGGGAGCAACGCGUCUGCUGAGAACGGUGAUGCCAUCAAGACUGAACAACAGAACGGUGCAGCUAAGCAGUCUGAAGAAGAAGAAGAGGCUCCUGCUGCUGCUGCUGCCACCACCACGUCUGCACCGGCUGCUAAACGUGAAGCUGCGCCAAAGAAGGAGGAAGACAAGAAAAACAAGUGUUUCUGCAUGUAAAAUCGAAAUCUGCUCGUUUUGCGCAGUGUACCAUUAACUCGUAUUUUUAUAUUAUUACACAUUUAAAACAACCCCUCUACUUACUAUUAUGUACAUUCCAUAUCAGCUUAGUCUUACUAUUAAAACUCACAUUCACACUCUUAU